UUGCCUUUCCGUCCCGUGUCCAAGAUUCUCCUCGCAGUCCGCCGCCGCCCACCCGCCCGCCGGGGGGCGCAACCUGCCCGUCAGCCUUUCCCCCAUCCGCGGCGCCCAUUCUACCUGCCGCCUACUGCUCGCGCGCUUACUGUAUCCGCAGCAGCUUUCUCCACCCUUGGCAAUGGAGGCCGCGGUCGCUCACGCUCCACCUGCUCCGGCCCUGCGCCGCUCGCUCGCCCUCAGACCCACCACGCCCGCCGUCCGGCCGGACCCAAAGCCCUGGCAGGGGGUAGUGCGAUCGGCGAGGCGCCAGUCGAACGCCGUCAGGUGCGAGCCGUCCCGGCGCCCGGAGCCGCGGCUGCGUCUGCGCGCGGCGCAGCCGGGUGGUGCUGACGCGGCGGCGGCGGCGGCGGCGGCCGGGAGGAGGAAGCGGCUGGCGGUGUUCGUGUCCGGAGGGGGAUCCAACUUCCGGGCGAUCCACGAGGCCGCGCUGGGCGGGGCCGUGCACGGGGAUGUCGUCGCGCUUGUCACCGACAAGCCAGGUUGCGGCGGCGCGGAGUAUGCCAGGAGCAAUGGCAUUCCUGUGCUCGUGUUUCCCAAGUCCAAGUCUGCGCCCGAGGGGAUUUCGGUUGCUCAACUGCUGGAUACCCUGAGGGGAUACAGUGUAGACUUUGUUCUUCUUGCUGGUUACUUGAAGCUUAUACCCGCUGAAUUGGUCCAGGAAUACCCAAAGUCCAUAUUAAAUAUCCAUCCUUCUCUCCUUCCGGCAUUCGGAGGCAAAGGUUUUUAUGGUUCAAAGGUGCAUAAAGCCGUUAUUGCCUCUGGAGCAAGAUACUCAGGUCCAACUGUACAUUUUGUGGAUGAGCACUAUGAUACCGGGAAAACAUUAGCCCAGAGGGUUGUGCCUGUGUUUGCGGAUGACACACCAGAGUUGUUGGCUGCAAGAGUCCUUCAUGAGGAGCAUCAAGUCUAUGUUGAAGCAGUUGCUGCUUUGUGCGAGGACCGCGUCGUAUGGAGGGAAGAUGGUGUCCCACUUAUCAGAAGUCCGAUAAAUCCUGAUGUGUACCUCUAAUUGACAUUACUAGCACUAUUUUGAAGCAAUAAUGGAAUUUGUAGAGCCCCUGCCACUUUUCCAAGGCAAGGGGUACUUAACAGUUGACGUAGGUUGAUACAGGGCACAACUUAGUUGUCAUCGAAACAUUUCCAUGUGUUGGAAGUGGAAAACAAAUUAUUCCAAAAAAAGGUGGGAAACAGUGUCCAAUAGGCUGCAGUAUGCAUUACUGCAUGAAACAAGGUUGGAUUUUACCUUGAUUUUGAGAUAACUACCAAAUAUUGUGAUUGCAUUAUCCUUCAGAAAUUCCUUUUUUACUGUCUGGUGUUUA